CAACAAUGCAGUUAUUUUACAAAAACAAAAAUGUUUUUAUAACCGGUGGCAGUGGAUUUUUUGGAAGAGUAACUAUUGAAAAACUUCUACGUUCAACUGAAGUUAAACGAAUCUAUAUGUUAAUGAGACCAAAAAAAGGCGUGAGUAUAAAGGAUCGAAUUGACACAUGGGCUACAGAUCCAAUGUUUUCCGUAUUGCUGAAAUCAAAUCCCAAGUUCUCGGAUCAAAUAGUGGCCAUAGCAGGAGAUUGUCAAUUGCCAGACUUGGGGAUCAGUGUGGAAGAUCGAAAACUGUUGGUAGAUCAGGUGCAGAUCGUGCUUCACUGUGCUGCGACUGUAAGAUUCGAUGAGCGUCUCGAUGUGGCACUGAACAUCAACACUCGUGGCACGCUCCUUAUGGUGCAACUUGCCAAAGAGAUGUGUCGCCUGGAGGCAUUUGUUCAUGUGUCCACUGCGUUCUCGAAUUGCGUGCUCCAUCAUAUUGAUGAGGUCUACUACCCGGAUAAAUUAACCUGUUCCUUUGACAAGAUUCUUGCGCUGCGAGAAAUGCUGAGCAAUGAUCUCAUUGACAGCAUGAGUCCCGCAUUUCUUGAAGACUUUCCCAAUACAUAUACCUUCACCAAGGCGUUGGGAGAGCAGGUGGUGCAGAGGGAAGCGAGAGGUCUACCGGCGUGUGUAUUUCGACCAGGCAUGAUUGUUGCGGCAUUUAAGGAGCCCAUCAUUGGAUGGACUAACAACCUUAAUGGACCCAUAUCCAUACUAUUUGGUUACAUAGCUGGAGUUCUACGUGUCGCGCACCUUGAUAAAAAUGUCAUAGCUCAUAUUGUGCCAGUUGACUAUUGUGCCAAUAUGGUUCUGUCCAUUGCGUGGAAAACAGCUGUGGAAAAUGUUCACCAUAAAAAAAAUGACACUGACUUAUUCUUGCUAAAGGAACCGACCAUUUAUAACUAUGUUAACAGCAAUCAGAAUCCCUUAAAAUGGCGUAACUUUGCGAAUACAAUUGAUAAUUUAAUUCAUGUCUGUCCAUUGGAACAGAUAGCAUGGUACCCAUUUCUAAAGACUUACACCAAUUAUUGGGCCUUUAAGCUGGCGUCGCUGGCUUAUCACAUUCUGCCCGCACACAUUAUCGACAUAGUAUUGCGUCUAAGAGGUCAAAAGCCACGAAUGGUCAAGGUGUAUGAUAAAAUACACAAUCAUAAUAAGAAAUUAACGUUUUUUGGGAUUACCAACUGGACCUUUGAAAUGCACAAUACGGAUCGACUUAUACAAUGUAUGUCGUCACAGGAUCGUAAAAUAUUUGAGUGUGACAUGAAGAGUCUGAAUUGGGAUGAAUACUUUAGAGUGCUACUGUUUGGAGUGCGAGAAUAUCUUGCAAAAGAAAAGCCGACUGAAGAGUCCAUCCAAAAAGCACGAAAAAUAUUGAAACGAUUCUACAUAAUGCACCGUAUUGUGCAAAUUAUUAUUUACGGUGGUGUUUUAGUAUUGAUCUGUAUAUAUCUUUUAUAAAAAAGCUCUA